AUGAACGUGAACCAGCAAAGAGUAAUCAUGAUAUCUAUGAGGUGUGACAAAAGACCAAGGGAUGAACUAGUCAAAAUGGUCAAUGAUCCCCCAAAGUUCAUGAUCACAGAUAAAACCCCACAAUUACUAAUGGAUUGGUGGAACGAUAUGCAUGAAUUUAGGCGGACUAAGAUAUUCAAACAUCUUGGUUUUCUUACAGAUAUCAUGAGAUUUAGUCCUGAUCGAGGUUUGAUCGAGACUUUGAUCCCGUUUUGGGAUUCCACAAACAAUGUGUUUCGAUUUAGUGAUUUUGAGUUGACGCCUACAUUAGAAGAAUUGUGUGGUUUCACAGGUUUAGGCCAGGAUCUUCGAAUUAAAACACUGAUAGCCCCUAGGAGUGUCAGCAGAGGUAAAUUUCUAGAACAAAUGCACAUCAUCCAUCCUCAUGAGGAGUGUUUUGAUAAUUGGUUGGUUUCUUUGGAAUUCUUGUACUCAAGAUAUAAAAGAAGGAAGGAUUUUCAAGCCAUGAGAAACAACUUUAAAGUGGACAACACCUGCCUACUUGGGAAAAACAUAGACAAGAAGCAUUCAUGGUGGCAUUCUUGGGAAAAACAUAGACAAGAAGCAUUCAUGGUGGCAUUCUUGGGAGCUACGAUUUUUUCAAGGAAGGAUUAAAAAAUCGAUAUUCGUCUGUCAGGAAUAGUAACUGUUAUAAUGAAUAAAAGAAAAUCCACUAUAUUGCUGAUGAUGUUGGCUGAUAUUUAUCGUGCCUUGACUAAAUGUAAAGAGGGGAGAAAUUUUUUUGAAGGUUGUAGCAUUUUAUUGCAAAUGUGGUUUUUGGAGCACCUAUAUCGCCACCGUUUUGCGACAGAUUUCAAAUCCGAUUGGACGAAUUAUAUUUUGAGCCACCCAGACAGGAUGAAAGAAUUAGGAGACAAAUUGCCAAAAGGUGUUAAAGCAUUGAGACAUUAUCUUCUUAAAUUGACGGCAUCUAAAAUUACAAGGAACUAUCAUUGGUUCCCUGCUAGUGAGGUAAUUAUUAUGUCUUUCUAUCGUCCAUUCUUCGUUCUGACAGGUCUUUGCGGGUUCCAACCAUACAUACCCCUCUGAGUUCUACGCCAACUAGGACAAAAACAAAUUUUACCUAAAGUCGAGGAUACGCAAAAUUUUGUGUGGGAGGUAGCAUUUGAAGAUUGAGAUUAAGAAUCAGAAGCCCAAAAGAUUUGGGGUGGUAGUCGAACUUUAAGUUCGAAAGCUAUGGUUGAUGAUCGCGUUGAAGGAGAAGUUGACCCCUUAUACCUCCAUUGGUUCUUUGAUCAAGCCCCUCUCAAAGUAAUGCCCGAACGAUCAGCGCGAGAAAUCAUAGAUCAAGAAGAGGAAAUUGAAGUAAGAAUCAAGCAGGCCCGACUCGAGUUGGAAAGAAAUUAUAGGUUUACUUUAGAUAUCCUAAGCAAUGACCUAAAAAUGUUAAAGAAGAGUUGGCUCAACGUGAUUCAAUAUUCGAGGAAAGAGUUACAUUGAUUGAAAAAAGGGUUUAAAAGAAGCAUUUAUCUACUAUUCAAACCCUACAUGAAGAUUUGGGCAUUGUCACAGGUGUUAUGGAGCAACAGGAGGAAGAAUAUAAGAAUGAAAAUAGCCUCUUAAUACAUGCGCAAGCUAGGUUACAAAAUCAAUUAAAAGCCUCUAUGGGACGAGAAAGGGACAUAGCAAACCGUUUCACAUUUUAUCAAGCAGAAGUGGCGACCGAAAGAAAUCAAUGGAUGGACGAGCGUGAAGAAUUUCAUAACAAAAUUGAAGAGCUUCAAGCACAUGAAAAGCAUCUGAGUGAUGCAGUUGUCACUACUGAAGAAUGGUUGCAGAAUUGUCACGAGAAUAUGGAGGAGGCGAAAGGACAAGUGCUCUAGUUGACAGAAAGCUUGAUUAAUGUUUAUGGUGGUCAUUUCCAUUGAAGUGAUGAAAGCCUGGGUCGAUAGACUGGUGCACUAGCCCCACAUCUGCCGAAAGCUUUGUUCAAGGUCUACUCUAGCCUAAGGGGCAAUUGAUGAUCAAGAAAUGUCGGAGAUGGAUUUUUUUUUCUUUUUAGUUCGUCAAAUUUUGUUUUAAUCUUAAGUACUUUGAUGUUUUUAUUUUGGUCAUUUUGAUUUGAAUGGUAUUUUAAUUUUAAAGUUAAACAAAUGUUGUAUUUUUCCUUUCAA